CAGAGGGCUCUCUCAUUCCUGGAAAGACUGGGGGGUUUGCUUGCCUCCCUCUUGCUGAGCAGCUCAAGCAUUUUGGCCUGGACAAGCGAAGGCAGCUGGCAGAUGGAUUUCAUUGCUGGGGCCAUUGGAGGUGGUGUUAGUGCUGCUGUGGGUUAUCCAUUGGACACAGUAAAGGUCAGAAUCCAGACAGAAACCAGCUAUCGUGGAAUAUGGCACUGCAUUAUCAAGACAUACAGAACCGAAAGUGUGUCAGGUUUCUACAGAGGUGUGUCAAUGACAGUCGUAUCAACAUCCUUUAUUUCAUCAUUUUCAUUUGGUGUCUACAAAAACUUCCUUUAUAACAUCUGCAAAAUAAGAUAUGGUUCUGCAGACAGAAAGCCAUCAAAGGUGGACGUCUCUUUUGCUGGAUGUGCUACUGGUGCUGUCCGGGUUUUGCUGAUCUCGCCUGCAGAAAUAGCCAAAGUGAGGCUGCAGAUCCAGAAGCAGACACAUCCCUUGACUUUGCCAUCCCACCUCUUUGCCUCCAAGCCUAAGUACCAAGGUGCUGUGCAUUGCUUGCGGAUGAUAGUGAAAGAAGAAGGUUUUGGGGGCCUCUACAAGGGGUCCAUGGCUUUGCUGUGCAGGGAUUGCCAUUCAGCUGCAAUCUUUUUCCUAACCUAUUCUGUCCUGUGUGAUUGGCUCACUCCAGCUGGGAAAGACAAACCAGACCUAUGGGCAGUGCUUCUUUCUGGAGGCUGCGCUGGAGUGCUGGGCUGGGGUACAGCUACCCCCAUGGAUGUCAUUAAAGCGCGGAUGCAAGCGGAUGGUGAGAGUCAACGCAGAUAUUCUGGAUUAAUCCACUGUGUGAGGGACAGCAUAAGACAAGAGGGAGUGAGAGUUCUUUUCAAAGGUCUUGGACUAAAUUCAAUCCGUGCCUUUCCUACAAACAUGAUGGUAUUCUUUACCUACGAAGCUGUACUGAGACUUGGAGAGCGCUUGGUGAAGUAGAAAGCAUAUCGCGACAUAAUCUAAGAACAUUUAUUUUCUUUUAGAAGGCACUUGUUUAUCAAAAUAGUCAAAUAAUUUCCCCCAAUAAAGUUUUCUGUGAAAUGCA